AUGGAAGGACUCGGUAAUCUUCCUCCACCAUCGAAUGAUCCUGUUAGGCAAUACAUGAUUGACCAUGCUGGCCAGAUCGACAAGUUAUCGUUCAAGGCAAGUAUCCUCCCAGUUAUCACUGGCGUCUUCUGCGGCGUUGCCGUUGUCGCGGCCCUUGUUCGCCUUGUUGCCCGGGCCAUGCGUCGCCGAACUCUCUACCGGGACGACUAUUUAGUGCUCUUCGCAGUUCUCUCGCUCGGUGCGGCCACUGGUGUGCUGUAUCAUUGGUGCGAUGCAUUAUUCCUCGUCCAAGCAAUGAGCAUGGAGGGCUUCAUCCCUACGAGGACUGAGAUCAUGCCCAUACUUAACACCAUGAAAUGGGUCUACAUCUACGUUGCCUUGACUUGGAGCUGCAUCUUUGCCAUCAAGCUGGCUUUCUUCUCCUUUUUCCAUCCGCUUCUCCUCGGUAUGGCCAGAAAGUUCUUAAUCUACUACUGGUUUGCUGUCAUUUUCACUAUAUGCUGCUGGAUCCUUUUCCUCCUUCAGCCACUCAUCCCGUGCCGAAACUUUGGCUUAGAUGCAGUCAAUACUUGUUAUCGAAAUCCUUCGCUUGCAAAGAAUAUGGCGCCGAGCAUAGUUGCAGCAGUGCUGGAUAUCAUAACUGAUGCUAUGAAAACGUCGAUAAAAGAUAAUGAACCCAACGAACCUUCGUACGACCCCAAGCUCACCGGGUUUAGGCUUCUCCCAAUCCCUGAUGACUCGUACUCGGUCUGCGUCCAUCUUGAUGCCCUCCGGAGCAAUAAUCAAACCGGGAAACUUGACAGAAAGCGUAUUGAACUCGCACUUUUUAAUAUGGGCUUGGAUCUCGCUCUCACGGAGGAUUUUUGGAACCUCUCGUACGUGAUCCUCAUGUUCCUCACACGAGCUACUAAAGAUCAGGAUAUCAUCCAAGUACAACACUAUGAACUUGCCCAGCACCUUUAUAAACCUCUCGUCUAUAAAGCGUUGAAAAGUCGCUAA